AUGAUAGAUCAAACGUUAAUUAAUAAAGAAUUAGAACAAAUAAUUACACUUAAAGAAGUGUCACCGUUUUUACCAGCAUUUCUUGGAGAACUGGAAAUAGUGACUAAAUUAUCAUCUUGGUAUGAAUUAGAACAAUGGGCUCGUAAAAAAUAUUUUUCAGACUUUGCAGAUAUUAUUUGGCCAGAUCGAUCUGUAUUUGAUAGCUUAAUUGUGAAUUAUCUACAAGAUAUUCUUAUACAUUAUUCAUCAUUGUUCCAAGAACCAUACCAUGAAAACUUAUGCGAAGGAGAUGUACAUGACAUUCACAUACUUCCCUUAACAAAACUAUUACGGCGUGUAUGCAAGUUAAUUAAUGGUGAAAGAUUUUCUGAGGCUGUGAAAUUUCGGAUAAAUUUAUUUAAUAAAUCAAAUCAUAGAGGACAUAAAACAGACUUGGGAGGGGAGAUUAGUGGAUUUGAAGUGUUCACAUUUGAAAAUUCUUAUAUAGCUAAUGAGCAUACUAAAAAAUUUAAAAAAGAUGAAUUAAAAAUUGCAUGUUAUACCAGGGAUGAUUUGAUAGUACUAUGGCAAACAUAUUAUCGAAAAGCUUUUUCCGUAUUUAGUGAAUUUGAGACUUAUCUUAUGGCUAUACGAACUUGGGGAGCACAACUUUCUGGUACUUUGGAUGGCAAUAGUGGACUCCAUCUCAGUAUUUAUUCCACUAGACAAGUUACGGCUGGUUUAUUUUUUUUUCUUAUGGUUGACUCUGAACCUUUACCACGUAAAGAAACUGGUGUUGGUUAUGCAAGCUUAAGUGCUUGCGCAGAAUUGGUUAUUCGGCUAAUGGCUGGUAUACAACAAACAAGUAAAAUUUAUCUUGAAAUGGAUAAAUUAUAUAGAGGCUUGAGUCGACAAAAUCCCAAAAAACAAUCAGAGAAGAGGGUUUAUUUAGACGAAAUUUGUGAUAUUAAUUCAUUAAAUAGGGAUCAAAAUAUCAAAAAAAUGAAACAAUGUAGUAAAAAUGAUGAUAUCAUGGAAAGUGAAAGUGACAAGAAACGAUGUGGAGUUUGUAAUCAAAGAGGUCAUAAUGCACGAACUUGCUUGAAAUAUAUUGAACACAUGAAAAAUGAAACAGUGUUUUAG